AGCGUCAACACGAACUGUUUGAUCGACAGAAGUCAACACAAACGUGACCUCAUAGUUUGGCGGCCACUGACUCAAAUCUGUGCGGAGAGAAAAAAGACACUGUGGGGCUGGAAGUGAAUGCCUUCGGUUUCAAAUCUAUGAAGUCUAGACGCAAAAGUUAACAUGCCAAGACAACAUCUGGUUUUUGAAACGAUGCAUGCCCCACGUUCCCUUCACCUUCCGUCGGUGAUCGUCAUAUGUUAUUUAUUGGGACUGCACAAUUGCGUGGCCUCCGACAAGAAAACUUCCUGCAAGGUGCUAGAUGGCAGAGCUGACUGCAGCCACCUCAGCCUCAGUGCAGUCCCUCCAAACCUUCCCAGGGACAUUACCAGUCUGGAUAUAUCUCACAACAGAUUGAAUGGGAUUCCCCCUGUAUCAUUAACCCCGUACCCAGGCCUCCGUCACCUCGAUGUCAGUCACAACAGUAUCACCAAGCUGGACCAGGGUUUGUGCCAGACUCUUCCUCUGCUGCAGACACUGAACAUGGAACACAAUCAAGUGUAUGUGCUGAAGAAAGAGGACGUGAGCCAUUGCACUAAUCUAACAUGGUUGAUUAUGGCUAGUAAUAAGCUACAGCUACAUGGAGAGCCCUUCUCUGCACUACAGAGCCUGAAAGUUCUUGAUGUGUCCACUAACAAACUUCAAUCAGCCAAGCUCGGCUCUCAGUUCCAGCUGCCCAACCUCGUGAGCCUCAAUCUGGCAGGCAAUUACUUCACCACUCUGAUGAAAGACGACUUUUCAUUUCUUAACCAUUCAUCCUUUUUACAAGUCCUCAACAUGUCGUCUGUGUCUCUAAAAACGUUGGAGCCUGGUUGCUUUACGCCCAUUUCAGGCCUACGUACUUUAAUCAUGGAUGAAAGCAAUAUGGCCACGCAGGUUAUUUCUAAACUCUGCUCAGAGCUGUCAGCGACAGACAUUGAUGCCCUGUUUCUUCGGAAGAUGAAGCUGGUCACACUAACAAACACAACCUUUAAAGCGCUGCAGACAACGAAUCUAACCUUUCUGGAUUUAUCCUAUAAUGGCAUGGUUAGAAUUCAAGAUGGCUCAUUUCGGUGGCUGUCCAGACUUCAGACUCUAGUUUUAACAGACAACAACAUCAGGCGCCUGACCAAAGACACAUUUCAGGGGCUCAAAAGUUUGAAAAAACUCCAAUUGACAAAAGCGCUUGUGAAAAGUGCUAACCUCGAUGAUUUCUCCUUCCAACCAUUAAGUGCUCUGGAGAGUUUGAUAUUACAGAAAACUGCAGUUCAUGAAAUCACAGAGCACACGUUUACUGGCUUGACAAGUCUUAAAGAACUCGAUAUGAGCUGGGGUAUUUAUACCUCCCUCAGACACAUCAACAACCAGACCUUCGUCUCACUUGCGGGAUCGCCUCUCAGAAAGCUCAAUCUAACCGGAACAGCUAUAAAACUGAUCAAUCCUCAAAGCUUCUCCGUUUUGAGAAACCUCACCACUCUUCUUUUAGAUUACAACUUCAUCGAGCAAAUUCUCACUGGCGAAGUAUUUGAAGGCUUGGGCCAAGUUGAAGAGAUUCACAUGUCCAAUAACCACCAGACAGUCGAGCUAAUCUCCACGUCGUUUGUGAAUGUGCCCAAUCUUAAGGUCCUGACUCUGGGGAAAAGUCUUAAAGCUAUGAACCUGGAUCCCUCUCCAUUCAUCCUUCUGCCCAACCUCACCGUCCUGGAUCUCAGCAACAACAACAUUGCUAACAUCAAAGAGAAUAUGUUGGAGGGGCUUGUGGACCUGAAAGUGCUGAUGUUCCAACACAAUAACUUAGCCCGUUUGUGGAAGAGUGCCAACCUAGGUGGGCCAGUGUUGUUCCUCAAAAACACACAGAGGUUGAUAUCCUUACAGCUGGAUAGUAACGGGCUGGAUGAGAUCCCUGCGGAGGCUCUGAGAGGGUUGAGCGACCUCCGUGAACUCAGCCUGUCCUCCAACCUCCUUAAUAGUCUUAAAGACUCCAUUUUUGAUGAUCUGCACUCACUGCGGGUUUUAAAUGUACAGAAGAAUCUGAUCACAGCCGUGAGGCCCCAAGUGUUCAAAACGCCUAUGAGCAACCUCAGCCUGCUCGUCAUGGACAAAAACCCGUUUGACUGCACAUGUGAGUCCAUUCUGUGGUUCGUGACAUGGCUGAAUAACACAAACAUGACCGAUGUGCCGGGUCUUAGGGACCAGUACUUGUGCAACACUCCACUAGCUUACUUUAACCACUCCAUCAUGCAUUUUGACCCUCUCUCUUGCAAAGAUAUGACCCCAUUUCAGACUCUUUACAUACUGAGCAGCACUGCUGUCAUCAUGCUGAUUGUAACUGCAUUUCUGCUGCAGUACCAAGGCUGGAGGAUCCAGUUUUAUUGGAACAUAUUGAUCAAUCGCACAUUAGGAUUUAGCGAUGCCAGCGUUGAAGAGGGCAGGGAGUUUGAGUAUGAUGCUUACGUCAUACAUUCAGAGUCAGACAGCAGCUGGGUGGAGAGGAGGAUGGUACCCUUAGAGAAUGACAAGUGCAGGUUUUGUUUGGAGGAUCGAGAUCUAGUCCCCGGUAUGCCACUGCUUGAAUCCAUUGUGAGGAAUAUGAGGAACUCCAGAAAGAUCUUGUUUGUCGUCACUGAAAGUCUUCUCAGAGAUCCCUGGUGUACACGAUUUAAAGCCCAUCAUGCACUUCACCAGGUCAUUGAAGCCAGCAGGGACUCUGUGGUUCUGGUCUUGCUGCAGGACGUUCACGACUACAAGUUAUCUCGCUCCCUCUACCUCCGCAGGGGCAUGUUGCGUCCAAGCUGCAUCCUGGACUGGCCUGUCCAUAAAGACAGGGUGCCAGCCUUUCACCAGAAGCUCCUCAUGGCACUUGGCAUGACUAAUCGAUUGCAGGAGUGAAUGUAUUUCAAUGGCAGUAAUGGGAAAUUCUCUCUUUAAUAAUAAUUGCAUGUUCAAUUAUUACUAAUUGCAACCAAUUGUGGAUUUGAACUUUUGUGGACUUAACUGUCAUAUUGUAGUAUAGCUUUACAUCAACAACAAUUCAGUCAAAUAUUAAUGAGGAGUGAAAAGUGGUGUGUGUGUGUGUGUGUGUGUGUGUGUUGUGACGGCCUCAGAGGUGGCCCUGUCCUUCCCAUGUUGUGUGCUUAACCUGUGUUUCAGGAGGUUGAUUGAUGGAGCUGAGACCUCGUCAU